AUGAGAAACAAAAAUGAAUUUCGCUUAUUAUUAUGGAUUAUAUUGGGAACCAUUGUAUUCAUUGUCGGUCUCAUUAUUAGCAUAGCUAAGCAUGAGCGUUCGCUUAGAGAGAAAAGGGAACGCCGUUUGCUUGAGUUGAUUGAAGCUCAGGAUAAUCAACAGCUAAGACAGUCCUAUAUAAGAAAUGUCUGUUACGAUCAAUACGGAUGGCGUCCAUUAAAUGAUAGUUUAUAUGAAGUCAAAGUUACAUCUUUAGCUAAAUAUUUGGAUCACCUCAUAGUGGAUGAUAUAAAUAAAUUGAUUUAUUGUUUUGUACCUAAAGUUGCCUCAACUAAUUGGAAACGCGUACUCUUAGCCAUAAAUAUGAAACCAAAUGAAAAUUAUAAUGAAUUGAAUCCAUUGGAUAUUAAAGGCAAUGAAUCACAUGUACCACAAGCUUUUAGGACAUUAAACCAAUACAACGAUACCACAGAAAUAACAUAUAAAUUAAGAUCAUAUUUGAAGUUUAUGUUUGUUAGGAAUCCUUAUGAAAGACUGUUAUCUGCAUUUCGUAAUAAAUUUGAAGACACUUUCAAAGACUAUUUUCGUGAGAGAUUUGGUAGAAAAAUAGUCAAACAAUUUAGACAACAGCCCACCAAUGAAUCACUAGAGAGAGGACAUGACGUGACAUUUGAAGAGUUUCUCACUUAUAUAUCACAAUUGAACACUAGUGACCACAAUCACCAAUUCAAUGAACACUGGAGACCAGUCACUAACUUAUGCUUUCCCUGUGCUAUAGAUUAUGAUGUUAUCGGUAAGUAUGAGACACUGCAUAGUGAUGUACAGCUAGUCUUACGAAAAGCUCGUAUCAAUCAUUUAAUACAAUUCCCUAAACGUGAAGACACUUACAGUAACCUACCGUCCAGUGAUCUUAUAUCACAAUACUAUACUAAUGUAUCGGACAUAUUAAUUGACAAAUUAGCCAAAGUUUAUAAUCAAGACAUUACACUAUUUCAAUACAAUUAUGACAUACGAAAUAAAACAUAA